AUGUCUGCUAAUCACAGCACUGCUCAACCUCAACAUGGGGUCAUCAAUCCAGCUCGGCAGCAGGAACUUUCCGGACUCAAGGAGUCAAUUCAAGCCGCAACCAAUCUCGCACGCAAGAACGGCACUCGCAUCAUCAUGCGAGACUUCGAGAUGCCUCCGGAAUGGAUGUCACCAGAAAUGCGAGAAGCAGUUUCUCCAUUCGGACUGACCGGCCUUCUUUACGAUCACGACGACGUACCAGACAGAAGAGUCGAUACGGACGACACGCAGGUUCAGAAUUACAGAGGACUCGACGACUAUCUCCUCGACAUUGGUCAGAAUGAAUUUUCCUCGAUGGAAGCCGACAACGACAUCAUGGAAGACACUUCUCCUGACAUGGCUAUGUCUGACAUCGAAGAGGAAGCCCUGAACCUCGAGGAAGCCUUACUCGCAUCCAAGGUCUCAACCACAGAGGCAGCCAGCAUUGGCAAUGGCAGAGAGCCAAGUCCCCAGGAUGAGGAACCCAACGCCUACGACACUGAUGAGAUGGAGUCCUCUGAUCCUGAUCAGGAUCCUGAGAUGGACGACAACUUCUUCUUCGGAGACGAGGACGAUGACGACGAUGUAUUCUUCGGAGACGGCAACGGUCAUAAUGACCAGGGGGAUGAUGGCAAGGCUCAAGCCGGCGAUGAGGGUCGAGACGAAGGUGGCGAUCAAGGCGACAGUAAAGGCAAAGCCGAGGUCACCCAUCGAAGCCCGGAUGAUUUUGACUUCGACAAGGAGAAGUCUGACCUCGAGAGACGCUUCGAUUUAGGAGAACGACAACUUGUGGUUCCCAUGCAGGACAUCUUCGAUUAUGUCGAGGUUGUCUGUAUGGAAAGGGGUCUUUCCAGCGACCAAGCUCAUACGAUCAGGUUUUCGGACAAGGGUGUCGACAUGAACCUCCCGGAGACGCUCCCCAUCGCCAGAACAUACGACGACCCUCGCUCCUGGAUGAUUGACAAUAUGGUCGAACACCUCGUCGAAGAGAACGGACCAUAUCCCCCAGGGACAGCUUACAUCACUACCGGCAUGAACCCUCUGUAUCUCGGAACUGGCAGAUUUCUGACACCCGACGAAAUCAACAACCAGUUGAAGGAGCACGUACGACAAGCCCGUAGUGACGUGAAUUACGUGCCAUUAGGAAUCUGGCCUUUCAACAGAACGGCCUUCAACGUGAGGAAAGCGGUCAUGGCCUGGAAUCCCAGAGGAAAUCACUGGGUUUGUGUGUCAUUCUUUUUCGAUGAAGCUUCAUCAAAAGGCAGAGUCGAGGUACGCAACUCUCGUCGACCACCACGAGGUGCCAAUGGCGAAUUUGUCGGGACGGACAAAAUGGCAAUUACAUAUCUACGAGCUUUCGGAGAACUCAUGGCAAUCUCACCGCACGUCAAUCUCCCGUACUUGACUUGGAAUGAGCCAGUCCAGCUCGUUGAACAAACUGAACAAUCCAAUCAGAUAGACUGUGGACCAAUUGCUGUGGAUACCAUCGUCAAGGAAUUACACGGCCAGCCUCAAACUAUCGUCAGAGGAUUUGCAGAGGCACGAGCGUUCGGACUUGACCUUCGAACACAAAUUUUGAAGUCGGUCUAUGAGAAGAUCCUUGAUCGCAAAAUGCCAGUCUAUUACGACAGCCCACCUGCCACUGGGAGAGAAACAGCUAAGCAGACAUACGACUUUGACGCUGACGAAGUCAUGGCCAUUAAUCCCGAGUGGCUUCAAGAGCAGGGUGUUCUUCUGAAGAUUGCCGCCAUGGAGAAAAACCCUCGAGGGGAAUCAAAUCCUGGCCCAAAAGUAUCACCUGUGCUUCCAGGAUCUCGAGCAGGAAACAACGACGGUGACAGCGACAGCGAUAUCGAGGAGAUUGAGAAAGCUGCCGACGGAAGCUUCAAACCAGUUUCUGCAAAGUCUACAAAGAUUUCUAGAAAAAACCAUGAUGAAAGAUUUGAACUUACGCAACGCCUGUUCAAGGCAGUACAGUCAUCAAAGAAUUCGUCAAACUACAGCAAGCCACUGGGAAGGCUGCUCGACCGCAUUAGGCUGUAUCCGUCGAUUGAGGCGAGUUGGAUCCUGGGUUUCGAGCAAAUGUGUAGGUUCCUACCACCUACACGUUCAAAGUAUGAGGUUCUCAAGUCUGGAUGGUAUUCGGAGAGUAUGGUCAACGCGAUUGUCACACUCACGAAGUCCCCGGACUCAGUAUCACAUUUUAUACCCGUCCCAGAUGUCCAGACCAUUAUCGGAGAUGACGCGCAUGAACGCUUCAUGCGGUAUGUGGAGUCUGGCUCGACUGAUCCGUACCCACGAAUGGCCUCUCUUUCACAAGCACCAAAAAACGUUGAUUCGGUAGUGUUCGCAUGGCUAGCGCUCGGGCACUGGACGACAGUCUAUUUGCAACGACCUCAAUCAGGAACUGUCGGCCAAAUCCUUCAUCUGGAUUCGUUCGGGGCGGGAAAAGGAAGAGCUCGACCAUUGCUUCCGGUAAAGGUGCUUCCUGCAUUUGUGGCAGAAUAUGCGCGAAAACUUGCCUGGCCCGAGGUCCGUUGGGAAGUUCAACCGGGCAUCAGUAGCGAGCAGAAAGACAGUUCGUCUUGUGGGCCCAUCGCUAUAGAGAACUGCGUGGAUCUCCUGGUUCAUGGUGCCGUGAAUACAGAGCCCAAGGAUGCGAAUGCCCUACGACUACGACACUUCCAGUUAGCAUAUAAGGCUAUUGCGGAUACACCAGACCCCAUUGCUAGCCAGGCAUCACGAGAGGAUGAUGCUGCAUCAGGACAAAAAAAUUCCAACUACCGGGAACUUCUAUGCAACGCGCUUGAGCAUGGGGACGACUUGUUCGAUCGACGCUUGAGCUAUUACUUGAGUUCCACUCCGACAACCUUUGUGGAGAAAUCCGGCAAAUGGUCUCUGAUCCAGGGUCCUGGCCAUAACCUUUCAACGAAUGAACGUCUGAGACUGGAGAGUCUGGAAUCUCCUUCUCGAGUGCUUGACGUGCUAGACUAUCUGGACAAUAAAUACAGCUUGAUCAUCGUCGUCAUGCGUACCAGUCGAGGUUAUAAGACAAGGGCAACAUCGGAUCAAAGCAAGAACCGGGCGUUGCGAGUCGCCCAUGCCUUUUGGCUCCGUUUUGUGUCGUCAACCGCUUCACUGAGACGGGUCAAACAUCAUCAGGAUUGGGCUGCGAUCGACCAUGUAUCGGAACUACCAUUUUUCGAGCUUGUUUUGGAUUCCGUGUCGAGUUCGGGCACUUUGCUAUACAUGAUCCAGAGCAACCGCGAGCUGCUGGAUAUUCUUGACUCGGUCCAAGGGCGAGUUGUGAUGCUUCAAGCUAAUCCAGACGGGUCUUCGACUGACCUCGCCUCAUUCUCCGAAGUCCUGACCAAAUGGCCACGCACAAACUUGGACCUCAUGAUCUACACGUCGACAUACCAAGAAUCACUGCUGAACUGGGGAGUGCCGGACAAUGAGAUACUCUGGUAUCAGUUGAAUCUGAACAGGCUCGUUACUCUUUGGCAGGGACAAGCAGGAGACACGCUGUCCAUGCAAGAACGGUUGAUCAAUAACGGACACGAACAGAUGCUGUACUUGAUGCAUACAAUGCAUUGUGCCAAAGUUGACUUCUACAAGGAAGCCUCAGUCCUCAGAUGCUCGCCUUGGUUAAGCAACGGAAUCGCCAUACUUUUCAUGAGCAGACGAAGCUAUGAUGAGCUGCCAGAAGAGACGAAAUCGUGCGAGGAAUGCAAAUCCGAGACAACUACUGUGAAAUGGAGACGCGGAUCCUCUGUCAAUGUGUCACCCACGUUGCGCUGUGAUGAAUCACACAUGUCUUCGCCCCGUGCGGUUGCUGAUGUUGUAUCGUGUGGGGGUGGAAUGUACACACUUAAGGACACGUCAACCAAGCCACGCAAGUCAACGGCAACCAAGUCACGCAAGCCAGCCAAGCUACACAAGUCAUUCAAGCCAAACAGGCCACGCAGGUCAACCAGGCCAAGGAAGCUGAACGUUCGCGCCCUUCGCGCUGAGGAAGAUGUUCCCGCAAAUCUAGUUGCAGCAACUCCGAGGUCAAAAUCCCUGAUCGAGAAUCCUGCAUACAGCCUGGUUGUGAGAAAUAAGGAUUGGCAAUCUGGUGUCACCCACAUCAGUAUCGGGGGAAAACUACUCCCGCAUACAGCCGGGAUGUUCAUUCGGCGAAGGAUCUCCAGACUGGAGCGUGAUUCUUCGCCUCCCAGCAUGAAUGUGCGGAUAAACCGCCGGUCAGCGCUGUGGGUUUGUGAGCCAUGCGGCAGGGAAGGCUUCUCAUUUGAGGACAUGGGCUGCCACUAUCUCUCUCAUGGACAUCUCGCCGUGGUUAGUCAGCAAACGGAAGUCAUAAUCGACCCUAGGCAGUGGAUGGCUCUGGCCGAAGCUCAGCUGCCAUACUUUGGUGCCGGCUCCCGACAUUAUAAACUCAAUCCUGAGUGUCUGAUGAUCGACGGCAAGCCUCAUGUCUUGAUCUUCAUAUGCGAUCUUUGUGGAACAAGUAAUUCGAGAUUUACGGCCAUGCGCAGACACAUGAAGAAUUGCCACCACGUCGAUAUAGGGGGUGUGAGAAGUUUAAAUCACCGUUCAUCUAACGUUCAAGAGGCUGGCGAUGACGACCGUGUCGAGGCCGAUGACAAAGCUGCCACCGAAGCCUUCGCAGCUAUUGUCGAAAAGUUCGAGAUAUUCCGUACCAAAUACGAAUCCGACAAAGGUGCAGACAAGUGA